CUUCCUGUCUGUCCAGGUGACCGCCGCCCUGGUUUUCUGUCUGGGGCCUUCGGUGGCCGGGAUCGCGGAGUGUGCGCCGAAGGGCGCAGGCUGGUUGUUCCAAGGUUCCGCCUGAGGCUCUACCGCUACCGCGAGGGCCGAGCCUGAGGCGGAGGGCCCGAGGGUCGGGUAGCAGCAGUGGCGGCAGAGGGGCUGCGCGACCCGGGCCGGCGCUCCGCGGGUCGAUUCACCUUUGCUUUCACAAUCCUCCAUAUUUUUCCAAGAGCAGCAGAACAUGAGUAAAUCCCUGGGGCCAGUGUCAUUCAAGGAUGUGGCUGUGGACUUCACCCAGGACGAAUGGCAGCAGCUGGACCCUGAAGAGAAGAUGACAUACAGGGAUGUGAUGCUGGAGAACUACAGCAACCUCGUUUCUGUGGGCUAUCACAUAAUCAAACCGGAUGUUAUCAUCAAGUUGGAGCAAGGAGAAGAGCCAUGGAUAGUAGAAGGAGAAUUCCCACCUCAAAGCUAUCCAGAUGAGGUCUGGCAAGUGGAAGACCCACUGGACAAACUCCAGGAAGAUGAAGAUAUGGUUUUCAUCAACAAAACCCUGGGUGAAGAGAGAGGUAAUGUUUCUGGUAAAGCUUUUAAUGUAGAAAUAAACCCUGUUCCUUCAAGAAAAAUAACAUCUAAAUGUGACUCAUGUGAAAAGAGUUUAACAUCUGUUUCGGAGUAUAUCAGUAGUGAUGGAAGUUAUGCAAGAAUGAAACCCAGUGAAUGUAGUGGAUGUGGGAAGUCACUUUUCCACAUUAAGCUUGAGAAAACUCAUCCAGGAGAUGAAUCUUAUGAAUUUAAUCAAAAUGGAGAAGCUUAUGCUCUAAGUGAAGAAAAUAUUUAUCAAAAAAUUCAUAUUUUGGAGAAACCCUUUGAAUACAUCGAAUGCCAGAAAGCCUUCCAAAAGGAUACAGUUUUUGUUAAUCACAUGGAGGAGAAACCCUAUAAUUGGAAUGAAUCUGAAAUAGCCUUUCUCCAGAUGUCAGACCUCAGUGUUCAUCAGAGAUCUCACAUGGAAAUGAAGCCCUAUGAAUGCCGAGAGUGUGGAAAAUCCUUCUGUAAAAAGUCCAAAUUCAUUAUACACCAGAGGACUCACACAGGAGAGAAACCUUAUAAAUGUAACCAGUGUGGGAAGUCUUUCUGCCAGAAGGGAACUCUCACUGUACACCAGAGAACCCACACAGGGGAGAAGCCUUAUGAAUGUAAUGAAUGCGGGAAAAACUUCUACCAGAAGUUACACCUCAUUCAACACCAGAGAACUCACUCAGGAGAGAAGCCCUAUGAAUGUAGUUACUGUGGAAAAUCCUUUUGCCAGAAGACACAUCUCACACAACACCAGAGAACACAUUCCGGAGAGAGGCCCUAUGUUUGUCAUGACUGUGGAAAGACCUUCUCCCAGAAGUCAGCACUUAAUGAUCACCAGAAAAUUCACACAGGUGUGAAACUCUACAAGUGCAGCGAAUGUGGGAAAUGCUUCUGUCGCAAGUCUACUCUCACAACCCACCUGAGGACGCACACAGGAGAGAAGCCCUAUGAAUGCAAUGAGUGUGGGAAAUUCUUCUCAAGGUUAUCCUAUCUAACUGUGCAUUACAGAACUCAUUCAGGAGAGAAGCCCUAUGAAUGUACUGAAUGUGGGAAAACCUUCUAUCUGAAUUCAGCCCUCAUGAGACAUCAGAGAGUACACACAGGAGAAAAACCUUAUGAAUGUAAUGAGUGUGGAAAACUGUUCUCCCAGCUGUCGUACCUCACCAUACAUCAUAGAACUCAUUCAGGAGUGAAACCCUAUGAAUGUAGUGAAUGUGGAAAAACCUUCUACCAGAAUUCAGCCCUUUGUAGACAUCGGAGAAUACACAGAGGAGAGAAACCCUAUGAAUGUUACAUAUGUGGAAAGUUCUUCUCUCAGAUGUCAUACCUCACUAUACAUCAUAGAAUUCAUUCAGGAGAAAAACCCUAUGAAUGUAGUGAAUGUGGGAAAACCUUCUGUCAGAAUUCAGCCCUUAAUAGACAUCAGAGAACACACACAGGAGAGAAAGCCUAUGAAUGUUACGAAUGUGGGAAGUGUUUUUCUCAGAUGUCAUAUCUCACCAUACAUCAUCGAAUCCAUUCUGGAGAGAAACCAUUUGAAUGUAACGAAUGUGGGAAAGCCUUCUCUCGAAUGUCAUACCUCACUGUGCAUUACAGAACCCAUUCAGGGGAAAAGCCCUAUGAAUGUACUGAAUGUGGGAAAAAAUUCUACCACAAAUCAGCAUUCAACAGCCAUCAAAGAAUUCAUAGGAGAGGGAAUAUGAAUAUAGUUGAUGUGGGAAGGCUUCUCUGAAGUUUUACCUCAGACAUCCUUCCAAUAUAGUAGACAAAAAACUCAUACAUGAAGUCAGAUGCCCUCUGUUUGCAUGUGUUCCAUAUCUAUGGAUCCAACCAACUGAAAAUAUUUGGGAAAAUAAUUGCAUCUGUUCUGAACACUGACUUUUUUCUUGUCAUUAUUCCCUAAACAAUACAGUGUAACAACUAUUUACUUGACACGAUUUAAAGUAUAUGGAGAGGAGUAUGUAAGUAAUAGGCAAAUACUGUACCAUUUUACAUAGGGACUUGAGCAUCUGAACAUUUGGGUAUCUGAGGGGAUCAUGGAACCAACAACCAGCCCUCCCUUUACCCAGCCCCAGAUACCCAGGGACCACUGUGCAGGUGAGUGUGGAUGGGCCCUUGUGCAUAGUCGGAUUCAUCAUCUGAACAUUCACAGGGUAGAACCGCAACUGUAACAAGACCAGGCGAUUCAUUAAAUACCAGACUAUACAGAAAUAAAAAUGUCAAUAUUUAGAAUGUGUAUGUCUCACAAUGGAUUUGAACUGCUUUACGUAUCAGGGAAUUUCAACAGUUUAAGGAAUGUGGAAAACGUACUCCUUUGGAAAAUGUUAAUGCAUAAAGAUAUGUUUCUGAUAUAAUAAACUUUUUGUAAACAAUUUAAACCAAAACAGAAGAUAUCUGCUGUGAAUAAACGUACUCUUUUUGUAAAUAGAAAUGUAAAAUUAUUGGUUUAGCAAGCCAACUCUGCUGCAUUAAACUAAUGUAAACAAUUCCUGAGGAACAAUAGGAUUUAGGGGCUUUUUGUUUGUUUUUUACUAUGUUACAUUAUAGGAAUUGUUGUUCAGUGUGAAUCCUGUUUGGAAAAAUAUUGUCUCCUUAUUAAUGUAACACCCAGGGUAAGGUUGCCCACUCUAAAUAGCAUCACAAUGUUAAUAUCUUAAUAUGCAUUUUCUCAUGAGAUAGUAUUUGGUAGGUAUAAAGUAUGUGCUUCCCUGUCAUUUACAAACACACUUGAUUGUUGUUAAUGAACUGUAUCAUCCAUAAAGAAGCUAAUUUUUAUGUUUUCACCUAUAGAUAAGUCAGCAAAGAAGACAGAUCUAGACGUAUAAAAUAGAAAACUCUGCAUAGGUAAUUUUAAAUUGUUAAGCCAGCAGUCUCCAGGAGUGAUAAAGAGAACUUACUGCAUUCUGUAGAAUAAAAAAAAAGGGGGAAGGGUACUUAAAAUAUUCCCAUUCUGUAUUUCAUCUCUUUUUUAUUCAGAUGCUUACAUAAGUGUAUGUAGAGCACAAAUGCUGUGUAACAUAGGAAUUAGCUGUCUUUUUAUGAUAGUGUUUGUGAAUGUUGAGCUCUGCUCCUUCGAACACAAAUUGAGGUUUGUGGCAGACAUCGAGUGACUCCCCAUCACUCUCUCCUUACUCUUUGCAGGCUGAGUUGGGGUAUCCAUUCAUCCUCACAGGAUAGGAGAUAAAUCCUGAUUAGUUUCAAUCAGUGAUGAUAAUGCCAGCAGUUGGUUUAGAGUGGUCCUAGAAUCAGUCCAGAUAAAGGAGGUAUCUGACAGGUGGUUUCUGGAAAAGAUUUCCUCAGAGGUUCAAGGACAAGCAAGGUGAAGUGGAGUCUUUGGUCAGCAUCACCUUCUCUGGAUCUGGUGCCUGGUACCAUCUUUCAACAGUGGAUUAUAGUUUAAUUCUGACCAGAAAGAUUGGAAGAAGCUGGGACCUGGAUGGUGUCACUGAGCCAGGGAACCAGCGGGCCUUGUGACCACUCCAUGUCUGGACUGUUUGUUUUGUGAAAGACUAAAUUUAUUUUUUAAGCCAAUUGAUUCAGAAUGCUCAGUUAUUAAUAAUGGAAGACAUUGUAACUGAUACAGAGUUACAUUUUUAUAGGAGUUAUGUGAUUCAGAAGUAGACUUUAAUCACUUAUUUUGAGGUGUUGAUAAAGAGAUUUAUUUCCUGUAAAUUUUGAUGUAAAUAGUUUGGGAGCAUUGAAUAUCAACUUGAAACAAAUGUGUCUGCUUCCUUGAACUCUUAACAUUGACCUGCAGAAUUAACCUUUGGAACCUGACAUACCUCAGGUGCACCUCCAUUUUCUAAUAUGUGAAAUGAAUUUUGCUUGAGGUCAUUUAAUUUUUAUUAUUCAUGGAUCAUUGCUAUAUUAGUUGGCAAUAUAUGGUGUGAGGUAAGGAUCUCAUUUUGCUUUCAAAUGAUUAUUUGCCAGGUAGCCUGCAUCAUUUGAAUAAUUGACCCCUUUACACCACUGAACUGAAAUACCAUAUUUUUCAUGUGUGACACUCACACAUCACUCCUGUUUUGUUGCUCAGCACUUUUUCUCUAUAUUUUUCUAGAUGAUUGUAUGCUACGUAACAGGAAUUAAAAGUCUGGUAGAUUGUACAGUUUAGGGUAGGAACCAAAAGUUGAUAGCAUAUUUGUUGAAAUUAUAUCAAACAAAGGUUUUUCCACUCUGGAAUGUCAUCAUUAUAGCUUAUUACACAAUGUACAUUUGACAAAAAUAAAGAUAAAAAUAAAGACAUGAUGUUAAUGUCAGAGCCACAUUUUAUUUGAGACCAAGGUUCUACUCUGUCUUCCUUGUGUUUAUUCUAGCUCACUGUGCCCAGCUGUGCUGUCCAAUCAGGCUCCUCAGAACUAUAGAACAAGCAACGAGUCUGCAGCCCAAAUAAUGGCAGCUUUCUAAAAUACCUCUAGUUAAAAAAAAAAAUGAAGACACAAGGAAAUGCAUAUUUAAAAUCAUGUUCCUUUUUCAUUGUGGUAAAGAAACACUAGAUAAAAGGUAAAUUGCUUUUUCCUUGAUUGAAUUUAAAGUCUAUGCUUCCUGCCAAAGUGAUGAACUGGUAUGGGCUGUGGCUUGUUUCUGUGGUUCAUUACUGGAGAUGCCACCACAGGAAGAACAUAGAGAAGUAAAGACCAGUCAC